UGCCAAGGCUGAUGGGGGGUAGCUAAGGACAAGAAGAACUCUAUUGCUGUUAAGGAGGCAGGAAGAUGGGGUAAGCAUGAAUGUGUGGGUGGGAAGAGGUAUAGUCAAGAUAACUGGAAUUGAUAGGUUUAUUAAAGAUGUCAACUGACAGUUUGUCUUCAGGAAAAAGGGGAGGAGAUGUCAGAAAUGGAUGGAGUGAAUUUAAGGGCAGGGUGGAAGUUAGAGGCAAAGUUGAUAAAAUUGACGAGUGGAUGUUUUCUAUUUGGAUUUUCAAUCGGCCUUUUGCAAGCUAUCGCACAUGAGGCUGCCUAACAAGAUGAGAGCCCAUGGUACUACAGGAAAGAUAUUAGCAUGGAUAGAAGAUGGACUGACUAGCAGAGGCCAAGAGUGGGAAUAAAAGGGCCUUUUCUGGUUGGCUGCCAAAGAUUAGUGGUCGGUGUUGGGACCGCUUCUUUUCAUGUUGUAUGUCAACAAUUUGGAUUAAGGAAUUGAUGGCGUUGUUGCCAAGUUUGUGGAUGAUACAAAGAUGGGUGUAGGGCAGGCAGUGUUGAGGAAGCAGGGUGUCUGCUGAAGGACUUAGAGGAGAAUGGGCAAAGAAAUGGCAGAUAAAAUAUAAUGUUCAGAAGUGUAUGGUGAUGCAUUUUGGUAGAAGGGAUAAAAGAGUGGACUGUUUUCGAAAUAGGGAGAAAAUUCAAAAAUCGAAGGUGCAGAGGGGCUUGGGAGUCCUUGUGCAAGAUUUCCUAAAGGUUAACUUGCAGGUUGAGUUGGUGGCAAAGAAGGCAAAUACAAUGUUUACAUUCAUUUAGAGUGAACUAAAUACAAAAGCAAGGAGGCACUUCUGAGGCCUUACAGUAUAAUUCAAUUCAAGUUUAAUUGUCAUUCAACCAUACAUGAGUACCUGUGAAUCCAUUCAAGCAAGACAGGCAUUGGUCAGACUUCAGUUGCAGUAUUGUGAGCAGUUUUGGGCCCCUUAUCUGAGAAAGAUGUGCUGGCAUUGGAGAGGGUCCAAAGGAUGUUCACAAAAAUGAUCCAAGGCAUGAAAAGUUUUACAUAUGAGGAGCAUGUGAUGGCUCUGGGCCUGCACUCACUGGAGUUUAGAAGAAUGGGGGAGGGGAGUCUCAUUGUAACCUAUCGAAUAUUAAAAGGUUUGGAUAAAGUAGAUAUGGAGAGGAUGUUUCCUGAAGUGGGGGAGUCUUGGAUCAGAGGGUACAGCCUCAGAAUAGACAUCCAUUUGGAACAGAGGAGAGGAAAAUUUUCUUUUGCCAAAGGGUGAUAAAUCUGAGGAUGAUAAAUUGUCAUGGAGGGCUGUGUAAGCCAAAUCACUGGAUGUAUUUAAGGUGGAGGUUGUUAGGUUCUUGAUUUAUUAGGGCUUCAAAGGUUAUGGAGAAAAUACUGGCGCAUAGGCGUAAUAAAUCAGCCAUGAUGGAAUGGUGGAGCAGGAUAAAUUGGCAGAAUGGCCUAAUUCUGCUCCUAUGUGUUAUACUCUGGUUGGGUGACUGUAAUUAGCACAAGAUUAAUUUGCCUGAUAGUUUUCUGGGCUGAAGAACUUGUCAAUUAAGGAAAGUUGAAGUAAAAAUAUAUUGGAAAAGAAAGGUGAUUUCAUUUAUUUAAUUUGAUUUUAUAUUAUUUCAUGACUUUUUGAGGGAGGAUUGGGUAUAUGUUCUAAAAGGCUGUUUGUUUUCUCCUACCAGAAAAUUGAAAACUUGGGGACCAUUCUUGUUUGGGCAUUUAAUACUUUUUUUUGUAAUAGUUAAUGGGAUGGAGACAUCACUAAAGAGAUCGAUCUUUAUGUCCAGUUACAUAUAGUAAUAACUUUAAAAGCAGCUUAAGUGAAUUGGAAUCAGUUGUAUUAACACUGAGAUAUUUCGUUAAGUAUGUUGUUUUGUGGCAACAAUACAAUGAAAGACAUACAUAAUUACUACAAUUCACAACAAAAAAAGUGCAAAACCUGAAUAAUGAGUUUGUAUUCAUGGACCAUUCAGAAAUUUGAUAUCGGAGGGGAAUAAGUUGUUACUAAUAUGUUGAGUAGGUGUUGAUAGGCUCCUGUACCACCUCCCAGAUGGUAAUAAUGAAAGGAAGGUAUGUCUGGGUUGGUGAGGGUACUUCAUGAAGGAUGGCACCUUCUUGAAGCACAGCCAUUUGAAGAUGUCCUCAGUGGUGGGAGGCUUCUGCCUAUGAUGCCGUUGACUGAGUCUACUCUUUCAAUCCAGUGCAUUUGUGCCUCCAUACCAAACAGUGUUGCAACUAAUAAGAAUGCUCUCCAUGGUACAUCUGUAUAAGUUUGAGGAGUCUUUGAUAUACCAAAUCUCCUCAAACUCCAAAUGAAAUAUAGCCCUUGGUGUGCCUUCUUCAUGAGUACACCAAUGUAUUGGACACAGGAUAGAUCCUCUGAGAUGUUGACACACAGGAACUUGAAGCUACUCACUCUUUCGACCACUGACCCCUCAAUGACAACCGGUGUGUGUUUCUCCCGAGCUCUUCGUGAUGCCCACAAUCCAUUCUUUGAUCUUGCUGAAAUUAACCAAAUAUGACCAAAGGAUCAAUUAUGAGUCUAAGAUUAUUCACCGGGCUUUCAACAGUACCACCAAUUACUGAGCAUUCUGAAAAAAAUAUGCUUAUCAUUAUCUGUUUACACUUUGAAAUUACUAAUGGAUACAUCCAACAGUAAGGGUCAUUCCUAUGGUGCACCACUAGUCACAGAUACCUAAUCACAGAAACAGUCCACCAGCAUCUUCCUCUCUUUCUAUUAUGAAACCAAUUUUAGCUCCAAUGUCUUGCAUCCCAUGAGCUUGAACAUUUUGGACUAUUUUCCCAUGUAGAACCUAGUCAAAAGCCUUACUGAAGUCCCUGCAGAAUACAUUAACCGCAUUGCCCCAUCAAUACAUUUUGUUACCUCAUUGAAAAGCUCAGUCAGAUUGUUCAGCCAGGUUGAUCUCCCCCCUAAUAAAGCCUUCCUGACUAUUUUUGACAAAUUGUCACUUUUCUAAAUGUAGAUUAAUCCUGUCCCUCAGAUAUUUUCCAAUAGCUUCCCUACUACUGACUUAGUAACGUGCCUUAUAUUUUUCAUUUUCUUCCUUUGAAUUAAUGUUUAACAUUUGGGGUCAUGCAGUCAUUUUGGUACCUAACCUGAGGCCAGUGAAAUUUAAAAAAAUUCUCCGUCAGGGUUUCAACAAUUUUCUUAUCUUACAAAGGUAUACAUAUAUAUGAAGGAAUAUCCCUUGGUUCUCUAACAUGCAUAUUUCAUCUCUCGCCAAAACGAGUUAAAGAACUCUAGAUGCAGCAAAAUGAUCUGGAUUAUGAGAGGCACGAGGACCUGUAAAGCGGUUCCGAGUUGUGGCGGGAACUUUCUGGCGGUGCACCUGCAGUGUGUCCGGCUUGUUGGUCCGUCUCGGAAGAAGUCUCUCCGUGCGGUUGCUGAUGCUUUCUGAACUGCUCAAUAUUGUCAGCACUUUUUAUUGUCUAAUCUGAAUGCUGGUUUGACGAUACAUUUAGUUUCCGAGAUUUCACAAGCCUGUAAUCAUCAACUUGGUUAAUUAUGGAUGAAGGACAUUCCAAUAAAUCUACCAAUGGUACUGUGACUUACCCAGGAGUAGCAGCAGUCAAAUCUCAAUACCUGAGCACCAAAGAUACAUUCCAUGAAUAUCUUAACAAUGGGAGGAAGAAGGACCUAACACUUCCUAACAGUUUAGAUGAAGAAGUUGCUGAUGAUGUUCUAAAGCAUGAAUCAAAAAAAGUUAAAAUCGAUCAAAGUGACAAAGAUACAAAUGAAUCUGAAAAGAGUAAUGUGGAAUUAUGUCAAAGUAAAGACAACUGCAAGCAAAGUAAAAGGAAGGCCAGGGGCCAGAAUAAAAACAGGCCUCAUAUGAAGCCUAACCAGUAUGAACAUGAUCAAAAGUUGUGUUCUUCGGUAUUUCGGGAACCUCCAGGAGAAUGUUACUAUGGUGAAAAGUGCAGAUUUUUGCAUGAUGUGUCGAAAUAUUUGGCACAGAAGCCUGCUGAUCUUGGAGACCAUUGUUACUUGUAUGACACAUAUGGAAGAUGUCAAUACGGCAUAUCCUGUCGUUAUGCACAAUCUCAUAUUGGGCCGGAUAACAAUAAUCUUAUUAAUGAGGAUCUUAUGAAAACGUGGGAGACAAAAGUGAUGGUGAAAAAUACUCUCAGCAAAGAACUGCAGCAUAUCCUUCGCAAAAAAAAGUUUCCUUUUCCCAAGAGUGAGCAGUAUUUGAAAAGGUUGAGUGUAAAACAAAAAUCAUGUAAACAAGACAGUUUAGAAGAAAAUGAAUCAGGAAAACACCAUUCAGAAGAGAAACCUGAUUCCACCAAGGUUAUUACAGGUAUGGCAGUGGAGAUUAAUUCAGCUGUUAGUGUCUCAAAUGCAGUCGUGAAAGAAAACUAUUUAGCAUCAAAUGAUAAUGUAAUUCCACAUUUGCUAAAUACUUUUGCCUGUCCAGGAAGCAAAUUGGAAGAAAAUACCACUCCUAGUACUGGCAUAGAUGCAGCUGUUGAUGGUUCUGUUAAUGAUGACAAACAAAUAUCCUCUGCAAAAAGAUUAGGCGUUGUCACUGAUGAAGAUAUCAUCAAGCUUCGGUCUUGUGAGAAGAAGCAACUGAACUUCAGAGAUAAGCUAUAUCUAGCACCACUGACUACGUGUGGAAAUCUUCCUUUCCGCCGAAUCUGUAAACAAUUUGGAGCUGACAUCACUUGUGGGGAAAUGGCAGUUUGUACAAACCUUUUGCAAGGUCAGUCUUCAGAAUGGGCACUGUUGAAACGCCAUCACACAGAAGACAUCUUUGGAGUACAGCUAGAGGGAGCUUUUCCAGACACCAUGACAAAAUGUGCUGAGCUUCUGAACCAGACCAUUGAUGUUGAUUUUGUUGAUAUCAAUGUUGGCUGUCCAAUUGAUUUGGUGUACCAGAAGGGUGCGGGCUGUGGUCUAAUGAACCGUGUUACCAAGUUAGAACAGAUUGUAAAAGGAAUGAAUUCUGUAUUGGAUGUACCAGUGACAGCAAAAUUAAGGACAGGUAUACAAGAGAAGGUCAAUAUUGCCCAUAAACUAAUACCCAGUCUUAGGAAUUGUGGGCUUUCCAUGGUUACACUCCAUGGUCGAUCCAGAGAACAACGAUACAGUAAAUUGGCAGACUGGGAUUAUAUUGAUCACUGUGCUCAGUUAGCUAAGCCAAUGCUGCUCUUUGGAAAUGGUGAUAUUUUGUCAUUUGAAGAUGCCAACAGGGCUAGGGCAACAACUGCUGUCUCAGGAGUUAUGGUUGCAAGAGGAGCACUGAUCAAACCGUGGAUAUUUACUGAGAUCAAAGAGCAACGACACUGGGAUAUUUCCUCAAAAGAGAGAUUUGAAAUUCUCCAGGAUUACAGUAACUAUGGGCUAGAGCAUUGGGGAUCAGACACACAAGGAGUGGAGAAGUGCAGAAGAUUUCUCUUGGAGUGGCUGUCAUUCUUAUGCAGAUAUAUUCCAGUAGGACUUCUGGAACAUGUACCUCAGAAAAUCAAUGAAAGACCUCCUUAUUAUUUGGGUAGAGACUAUUUGGAAACUCUAAUGUCUAGUCAAAAUGCAUGUGACUGGAUCAAAAUAAGUGAAAUGCUAUUGGGACCUGUUCCUCCUAAUUUUACCUUUGUGCCUAAACAUAAAGCAAAUUCCUACAAGUAAUCAAGAAAGAGAGAAGCUGCAAGAAACUCUACUGAUUUCCUAAUGCUGUCAAUAUUGAAUUCAUAUUGAAAUUAUAUAUAAUCUCAUGUAAAUCAAAUGCUCUGAACACAAACAGGAGAGUUACUGAAUUAUGGAGCCUAUUAUUCUGGCUUCUUGUAAAUUUUAUGUAAUUCUCAACAUCUUUGGAGAUUUUAAAUAAAUAUUCAUUUACUUUG